AUGGGGGAAAUUAGUGAUCUGAUAGGUGAAGAAAACAACCACAAGAGUAUAAGGGUUAUUGAGGCUGUAGAUGGUGAACAUACAGUGCUUGCAGCAUAUCUUGACCUGGCUAAGGCCUUUGACACCAUUCCCCAUGUCGGCAUCAUUGAAAAGGUUUCCAAAUCCCUUGAUCAUGAAAACAAAGGAGUAAUGCGAUCCUUGUUAAGUCCUGACAAACCAGAGAACGGUUCAGUGACUGGAGAAUAUAAACUUGACAGUGAAAACAUGUUGUGCCCUGUAAGUCAAAUUUUGAAGAUAAACAGUAAACUUAAAAAAAAUGAGUUUGAGGGUAUUUCCAUCAUCUUUGGUGAUAUCGCAGUGAAUAAUAGGCUGGAAAAUGCUGAUCGGUGCACGUCAAAAAAAUGUAGAUGGCCAAGUGCUUUCGAUGGAAAUGUGUACAUUCCAUACAAACUGUCAGAUGAGUUUAGUGAUAAGGAUCAAAAGAUUAUAAGGAAAGCAAUGCAAGCCAUAGAAGAUGCUACUUGCAUUCGAUACAUACUGAGGUCGACUGAAGAAGACUACAUUUCUAUUAAAAAAAUCAAGGGGUGUUGGUCCUAUGUAGGUCGACAAAAUGGUGUCCAGAAUAUAUCUCUGGAUUCAGGAUGUGUUUUCCAUGGCACAGUCCAACAUGAGCUUCUGCAUGCUCUUGGCUUUCACCAUGAACAGAGCCGCAGUGACCGGGAUAAGUUUGUCCGCAUCCUCUUUGAAAAUAUUGAAAAAGCUGACUGCAUCAGUGUCAGCAAGCUGCAGAUGAAUAUUAAUGAUGUGUAA